UCAAUCAUCCAGUCCCCGCGUUUCUGGAAGGGCGUGUCGGCAGUUGCAACAACAUAUCGGGAGUCGGAAUCGCCGCCGAUUCUGCCUUUCUUUUGUUUUCCCCACUGUCGCAGUCCGUGGCCCAAUCUCCUCUCUCAGGGUGUUCUCUCACCUCCUAGCUGCUGACCGCUGACCCUCUCCGGAUUGGGUAUGAGAAUCGGUCUACUGUCAGUGCAAGCACCGUGACAUGAAUAUUGACUAGGUGAGCACAUCCACGCGGGCGCACUGUUGAACGGAACGGAUCGCAACAUCGUUGAGUUGAAUACCUCGACGUCAACAGGCGGGCUAACCACAUUUUCGGGCUUCUAGGCCACGGCCUAAUCCCUCAUCCUGAACGCUACAUGAUGAUCAACUACGCAUAAUGGACACGACUGAUCGACCCGAACUCAAUAUGGAUCAAACAAUGCAGCCACAGGCGUCAAGCUUGCAGACGGAACCCCGAAGGAAUAAUCACAGGUCUGUCCGAGUUGCCUUCGGGCCCGACCUGGAAACUCACAUCCCCCCUCGCGACAAUUCCCCCGCUCCUUUGCCAGGGCACCACCGAUCUUUUACGACUGUGGAGCAUAUCCAGCCUCCCGUAUUCCCUCCCGAAAGGCCGACCAGCUCUUCCGCGGGCGAGAACCCAGCCAUCAUCGAAACCAACGGCCGACUGGCUUCGGACCGGGCCUCGGAGACGACCGCGAGACCAACAGCAGCCUUGAAGAGGGCCAAAAGUGACUAUGGACCCAGGGUGGGAUUCGACAAGCCCUUCGCAGGGGACGAGGAAGAAGAUAUUGCAAUGAGACAUGGGUGGCAGGAAGAGUACACCUCCAGUGAAUAUCUCAAAGUCCUGCAUUCGAACUUUUACAUGUACUUCACGGAGAAGCGCCAUGAGACGAACGGCGUCCCAAGGGAUCCGGUCGGAAGCUGGCCCAGUCAAGAUUGGCGAAUGAAAGACCGCCUGAAAACCGUCUCUGCUGCGCUAGCCAUAUGCCUGAACAUCGGCGUCGAUCCGCCUGACGUCGUCAAGACCAACCCGACAGCCAAGCUGGAAUGCUGGGUCGACCCCACGUCCACGACGGGCGGCGGCCACAACAAGAUCAUGGAGCAGAUUGGAAAGAAACUACAAGAGCAGUACGAGACACUUAGCUUAAGAACUAGGUACAAGCAAUAUCUUGACCCAUCUGUCGAUGAGACCAAAAAGUUUUGCAUAUCCCUCCGACGUAACGCCAAGGACGAGCGAGUGCUAUUCCAUUACAACGGCCACGGGGUUCCUCUCCCUACUCAGUCGGGCGAAAUCUGGGUCUUCAACAAGAACUACACUCAGUACAUACCCGUGUCACUGUACGACCUGCAGUCUUGGCUUGCGGGACCAAGCCUGUUCGUUUUCGAUGUUUCACACGCGGGCAACAUCGUGCAGAACUUCCACACCUUUGUCGAAAAGCAUGAGAAGGAGAAUGUCGAGGCGAAAAAGCGUGACCCGAAUGCCAUUAUCCAGAACUAUGGGGAUUGCAUUAUCCUCGCGGCGUGUCAGAAGUCCGAAUCGCUCCCUACGAAUCCUGACCUCCCGGCCGAUCUUUUCACUUGUUGUUUAACAACGCCCAUCGAGAUUGCCUUGCGGUUUUUCAUUCUGCAGAAUCCUCUACAGACAAACAUUUCUAUCGACGAUUUUAGAGUCCCUGGCCGUUUACAGGACCGAAGAAGCCCUCUCGGUGAGCUGAACUGGAUCUUUACCGCGAUCACGGACACCAUCGCCUGGAACACCUUACCGCGCGCCCUGUUCAAGAAACUUUUCCGUCAAGACCUUAUGGUGGCUGCCCUGUUUAGAAACUUCUUGCUUGGCGAGCGUAUCAUGCGCACUUACAAAUGCCACCCUAUCUCUUCGCCUGAGCUUCCCGAAACCCAUCACCAUCCGCUGUGGAAGAGCUGGGACCUCGCUGUUGAGAUGGUCUUGUCGCAGCUACCGGCCCUUAUUGACCAUGAGGAGGGUCGGAGACAAUAUGAAUACCAGCACUCUACCUUCUUUGCGGAGCAGCUUACCGCGUUCGAGGUUUAUCUGUCGUCUGGCCCGACAGAAAAGAACCCUCCGGAUCAACUUCCAAUCGUCCUGCAAGUCCUCCUCAGUCAGGCGCACAGACUAAGAGCAUUGAUCUUGCUUAGCAAAUUUCUUGAUCUAGGACCUUGGGCUGUCCAUCUCGCUCUGAGCAUCGGUAUCUUCCCGUAUGUCGUAAAGCUCCUGCAAUCUGCCGCUCAGGAAUUGAAGCCCGUGAUGGUUUUCAUCUGGGCAAGAAUCAUGGCUGUUGACCAUACGGUCCAAAACGAUCUGUUGAAAGACAACGGAAUCCAUUACUUCAUUUCCAUCCUCAACCCUUCGUCGCCGAUCCCCGUCGGCAAUGCCAGCGAACACCGCGCCAUGUGUGCUUUUAUCGUUUCGAUUUUCUGCAAGAAUUACCCACAAGGCCAGAACGUUUGCCUCUCCGCAGAGCUUUUCGACUCUUGUCUGAAACAUCUCAUGGAUGUUGAAAACCCCCUUCUGCGGCAAUGGUCGUGCCUUUGUAUCAGCAUGCUGUGGUCCGACUUCCCCGAAGCAAAGUGGAUGGGAAUCCGGUGUGCUGCCCCUGCAAGACUUUGCGAGCUGAAUUUCGACCCAGUCCCAGAGGUGCGGGCUGCGAUGCUGCACGCCGUCACCACGUUCUUGGGUAUCCCCGAUUUGACAGAUCAGGUGGCUCAAAUCGAAGAGACUCUGGCUAUGGCGGUGCUGCCUAUGGCGGCAGAUGGCAGUGUCCUUGUGAGGAAGGAACUUCUUGUCUUUUUCUCGAAGUUUGCUAGGCGCUACCAGAACAAAUUUUUGGUCGCUGCGUACGAGGAGUUUCAGGACGAGAAACAGAAUCUUCUUCUUAAACUGGAGCAGGAUGGUACUGGAAGCCUUCACCUCGAGGAUGUGCCCAUUGUUCCGGCUAAUGGCAACACCGAGCCAACUCCUAAAACGCCGACAUUGUCUCGGAAUACGACCUUUGGCACUAUUUGGAAACAACUACUUAUUCUUUCUGUUGACCCCCAUCCAGAUAUUGCCCAGGAUGCCGGCAUGGUGGUUGACCACAUUCACAUUUGCCUUCUACAGUCUCCCAUGGCUGCGCUAACCAACAGAAUCCGGGAUGAGAUCCUCGAUAUUUCGAAUCGUCUAGCGCAGAAGUUCCAGGUCCGCGAAAAGCCAGAAUCCAAGAAAGCCGUUCCCCCACCGACGCCUCCUUCCGUAGCACCUCCGAAACAAGAAGGGUACCUUUCAUUGAGCAUCAAGCGAACGGCUAGUGUCGCGGCUUCGCUCAAAAACCUGGCCUUCGGCAAUUCAUCACCAGGAGAAGCACAGUCCCAACCCUCGACGGUCCCGAAGAGUCGCAUGCCCAUCACCCCGAGAGGCCGAGCUCCCCCCGAAUGGACGCGACCACCCGAGGUCAACGAUCAAGUCGCCCCCGCAACGGCAUAUCACCAGGCCCCAAUCCCUACGUCGCGAGGCUUCGAACCCAAAGCCCCAGGCACCGCCCCAACCAUCCCCUUGAUGAGCAGAUUCCUAGAUUGGUCCACAGAGUAUUUCCGGGAACCCCAGAUGAAACCCAAUGAGCCCGACGAGCCCGGUAGUGCCGAUUAUAACGAACGCCUCUGGAGACGAAGCCGCAACGAGAAGAUUAUCUCGGAAACCCAGCCCCUGAAAGGAAAAGCCGGUAGUAGCCGCUGGGAUAACUCGUUGUCUCUUCUGUCGAAUAGCAGCCAGCCCCUGAAGAUGUGCUUCCACCAGUUUGAGGAUCACCUUGCAGUUGCAGAUGACAGGGAUACUAUUGCGAUUUGGGACUGGCAGAGUCACAAGCGUCUCAACCGCUUUUCGAAUGGAAAUCCCGUUGGCUCAAAGAUCAACGAAGUCCGCUAUAUCAACGAGGAUGAUCAAGCUCUUUUGAUGACGGGAUCCUCAGACGGAGUCUUGAAAGUUUUCAGGAACUACGAGUCCACAAAGGAGGUUGAAAUUGUCACCUCGUUCAGGGCCUUGCCGGAACUCAUCCCAAGUAAUCGCAAUGCUGGUCUUGUUCUUGACUGGCAGCAAGGCCAAGGUAAGGCGUUGGUCGCAGGAGACGUGAAGGUUAUCCGGGUGUGGAACGCAGCCACUGAAGUCUGCACCAACGAUAUCCCCGCACGUUCUGGUUCUUGUAUUACCUCCUUGACGUCGGAUCAAGUUGCGGGCAACAUAUUCGUAGCAGGGUUUGGCGAUGGCGCUGUCAGAGUGUUUGAUCAGCGACUCAAGCCUACAACAUCCAUGGUUAAAGUGUGGCGUGAGCACAAGCAGUGGAUCACCAACGUCCAUAUGCAGCGAGGCGGCCUGAGGGAACUGGUAUCUGGCAGCCGCAACGGCGAGAUCCGGCUUUGGGAUCUGCGACUGGACAUCCCAAUCUCGACGUUCUCUGCCACCAAGGACACACUUCGCACAUUGAGUGUGCAUGAACAUGCCCCUGUAUUCAUGGUGGGUACAAACCGACACGAAGUCAGGACCUACAACGUGGAUGGCACUUACCUGUCCACCUUCGAACCGUACUCGAGCUUCCUGCACCACAACCGCUCCUCCCCGAUCGCCAGCACUGCCUUCCACCCCCACCGCACACUGCUGGCCUGUUCCGCCCUCAACGACAACCACAUCAACCUUGUGAAUUGCUAAGCAGUUCACUCCCCGUCCCUCCGCCCCUCCGCCCCAUUCCACGGCCGCCCCCACUCCCUCUUAGUACCACCAAAUAUUACCCCUCCAGCACAUCCGGCGCCUAGUUGAGCCAUAUCUACCAAUAUUCCCUUUCCGGUUCCAGAGUACAUACCUCAGACCUUUCCCUUCCUCCACCUCCGAACUUCC